AUGUUUGAAUAAGAUUAUUACAAAAGAAUAAUCAAUAAGUAAACCACUCCAAACAGAGGUAUGAUUAAUACAGCCAAGCCUUGGUUUCCUGAACUCAAACAUCGCUUGGCUGUUAAAGGUACAAUGCUUCAACCAAAUAGAUUACGAUUAUAAAUUUUUUGCUCUGCCUCCUAAUAAGAUGAUAUCUUUGAUUAAGAAAGAAAAGAUCAACAUUCCAAGCGAUAACCAAAUUAGGGAAUUCUUAAGAAAUCAUUCCCUUAAACAUUUGGUUCAUUAUAAUAUAGAAGAUUAUAAAAAUGUAGAAGCAAUUUAACCAUAGCAAUGUCAUUCUUCAAAAAACAUUAGCCACAAUCAUCGCAAAUUUAUUAAAUAAACUUAAUAAAAUAAUAAUGGAUUUUUUUUUGAAUAAAAACCAAAAACUGCUUAAUAAAAUUAAGAAACUUAAUCAUCUUUGUAAUAUACAAAAAUAAGAGAGUUGAAAUCAUAAAAUCUUUAGAAUCGACCAAAAAUUGAAAAUCCAUCUUAAGAUAUCUGCUUAGAAAAACCUAAUUUGAGAUUUCAAGAAUUAUCAGUUAAAUCUACUCCAAAAUUAAAUCCUACAAUUUCUAAAUGUUUUCCAAGCACUAAUAAAAUGAAAAAUUAUAGAAAAAUUAACUUAUUGAUGCGUUCCUUAAAGAAAAUUUAAUUACUUGGCCUCACUAUACCUGAGAUUAUGACAUAAUAAAUAUUUUAGAAAACAGCUUUUGCAUCUUAAUAUUCAAAAGAAUUCAUUUUUGCUGCAAAAUCUAACAAUAUUGAUUAAAUUUUAAAUUUGUUAUAGACCCAACCCUUUUUAGUGUUUCAAUACGACUAUUAUAAUAUGACAGCUCUACAUUGGGCAUGUAAACAUGGCCAUUUGGAGAUAGUUAAAAUCUUAUUAUAAUAUCAUGCUGAUUUUGAUGCUCUUGAUGUGAUGAAUAGAACUCCAUUAAGUAUUGCAAUAUCAGAAAAUUAAAAAGAAAUUGUUAAAUUAUUAUUAAUCUAUGGAGCCAAUCCAUGGAGUACUAUUCUAACUGAUUUAAAGAUAUCUCUUUAAAGAAAUCCUGAAUUGAAGAAAAUAGUUAGUGAAGCAAGAAAAAUCUAAAUUUUGAAUAAAUGGAGUAGAUUCCCUUAAUCUAUGUUUAAUAUUUGCUGGUGA